AUGUCGAACACUAUCACGUCCGAGGAGGUCAACUACCUAGUCUUUCGCUACCUAUUGGAGAGUGGUUACACCCACUCGGCCUUUACUUUUGGUCACGAGGCGCUUGUGCUGGAAAACGACUUUGAUGCUACUGGAGUUCCACCAGGGGCUCUUUUGGGUUUUCUGCAGCGAGGCGUCAGCUACGCUGAGAUUGAAGCGCACGUUGCGCGCUUGCACGCAGAGCGCGUCAAACGUAGCACAAGCUGCGAGGAAAACGGUGCGCUUGCCCCCGAGACCGUCAGUUCUGCGGAUAAAAAAGAUGCAAGGACUCCGGUAGUUGUCAACCUUGCUGACGUACAUCGGGCGCUGGUCAACAGGCCCAAACGACGUCGAAACGUGGUUGCAGUGGAGGCUCCGGCUCGGCGCAGCGCGACCGGUCCCGAUACCGCAGCAGCGCCCGAGACACUUUACACCGUUCACGACAGCGAAGUCACCGUUCUUUACGGGCACACUGCGGAAGUUUUCGCCAUAGCCUGGAACCCCGUCCACGAGUACCUGCUCGCAAGUGGGAGCGGCGAUGCGACUGCUCGUAUCUGGGCAGUUCCUGCUGGGCCUUCGGGACGAACCGCUGUCGCGCCGCCGCUCGAGCUUCGUCAUCAGAGUUCGGAGGAACGUCAACCACGGGGUAGUCCCACGUUGUCCAGUGGAACAGAUGAGGUCACUGUCAACAGCACGAGUGGAGCGCCGCUCGCUCCGGGCAAUGCGCGUCAACGUCGCGCUCCAUCCCGUGACGUUACCGCUCUGGACUGGUCGUCCGAUGGUCAUCACCUGGCGACCGCGUCGUACGACGGAGCCGCCCGCGUCUGGAGCAGCACGGGCGCACUGGAACGAAUGUUUACGGUUCAUGUUGGCCCGGUCCUUUCGUUGAAGUGGAACUCCACAGGGAAGCGACUGGCGACAUCUAGCGUGGAUCACAGCGUCGCCAUUUGGGACACUUUCUCUGGUCGAAUGGAACAACAGGUACAGCUUCAUCGAGCACCAGUUCUCGACGUGGACUGGCAGAGCGAGGACACGCUCGCGUCAUCCGGCAGCGACAAAAUGAUUUAUGUGUGGCGCGUUGGCGAGCCAAAGCCGCUUCGAGUCUUCUGCGGGCACCAAGACGAAGUCAAUAGUAUCAAAUGGGACCCGACGGGUACCCUGCUCGCAAGCGCCUCUGACGACUGCACCGUCAAAAUCUGGCGACCUAUUCGUCAGAGCGGAACAAGCGUAUCGCUUGCGUCGAGAACAUCCAACGGCCAGAAUGUCAGUUCAAGUAGUGAUUACCUCGUUCAGGACUACACUGACCAUACCAAAGAGGUCUACACCGUGCGAUGGAGCCCGGGCACCAAUCACUACCUCGCAUCUGCGUCUUUCGACAGCACAGUGCGUAUCUGGGAGCCUGCGCACGGAGCUGCCAAAGCGACGCUUACUUUGGCACGUCACUUUGGGCCCGUGUUCUCCAUUGCAUUCUCACCGUGUGGCCAGUACCUCGCGUCCGGUUCCUCCGAUCGCAACAUGCUGAUAUGGAGCCUGCGAGAGGGCGGCAAGCUCAUUCGAGUCCUGCGCUGCCAAGGCGGUAUCUUCGAGGUGGCAUGGAAUGCAACCGGAUCAAAAGUCGCAGCUGCAUUGAGCAAUGGCACCGUCGCUAUUACCGACCUCCGCAUGUAG